UACCUGCACAACGAGAAGAAGCUGCUGCACGGGGACAUCAAGUCCCCCAACGUGGUGGUCAGGGGCGACUUCGAGGCCGUCAAGAUCUGCGACGUCGGAGUGUCCCUGCCCCUGGAUGAGAACAUGACCGUGAGCGACCCCCGGCUGUGCUACGUGGGCACGGAGCCCUGGAAGCCGAAGGAGGCGCUGGAGGAGGGCGGGAUCAUCACGGACAGGGCCGACAUCUUCGCCUUCGGCCUCACCCUGUGGGAGAUGCUGACCCUGAGCAUCCCACACCUGACCCUGGACAGCGGGGACGAAGGUUGGGAGCCUCCGCGUUCCCGGCGGGAAUCGUCCCUCGGUGUCCCGGCUGAGCCUGCCCUGGGACAGCCCUUUCCAUGUGGGAAUUAUUCCCAGCUGAGCCUGCCCUGGGACAGCCCUUUCCAUGUGGGAAUUGUUCCCAGUAUUCCAGCUGAGCCUGCCCUGGGACAGCCCUUUCCAUGUGGGAAUUGUUCCCGGCUGAGCCUGCCCUGGGACAGCCCUUUCCAUGUGGGAAUUAUUCCCAGAACCAAGCUGAGCCUGCCCUGGGACAGCCCUUUCCAUCUGGGAAUUGUCCCCAAUAUUCCAGCUGAGCCUGCCCUGGGACAGCCUUUUCCAUGUGGGAAUUAUUCCCGGCUGAGCCUGCCCUGGGACAGCCCUUUCCAUGUGGGAAUUGUUCCCAGUAUUCCAGCUGAGCCUGCCCUGGGACAGCCCUUUCCAUGUGGGAAUUGUUCCCAGCUGAGCCUGCCCUGGCACAGCCCUUUCCAUCUGGGAAUUGUUCCCAAUAUUCCAGCUGAGCCUGCCCUGGGACAGCCCUUUCCAUCUGGGAAUUAUUCCCAGCUGAGCCUGCCCUGGGACAGCCCUUUCCAUGUGGGAAUUGUUCCCAGAUACCGGGCUCUCACGGAGGCUCCGGAUGGCAGCCUGUGCCUGGCCAUGGAAUUCGGGGGGGAAAAGUCCCUCAACGACCUGAUCGAGGAGAGGAGGGAGAAGGGCCUGGGCCCCUUCCCGGCCACAACCAUCUUCCAGGUGGCCCUGAGCAUGGCCAGGGGGCUGAAG